AUGUCGAGCGAAAAGUUGCCGCGCAUCGUGAAGAAACGGCCAAUUCCAAAAGGAAAGCAGCAACAAUCCACAUUGUUAGGUGGAACCAUGGCCAACAUCAGCAAUAUCAACAUCACCAAUACUGACCAGGAGGGAUACAUCGCUGAGUCAGUCCGGUACCAGAUUCUGAAGCACCACAAUGAUGCCUCCCCUGACUGGGUAACCGACAUGAUCCUCAGGAAGGAAGAUGAUCCCCCCAUCAAGAAAUUCGAGGAGGAUGGUUAUAUGAGCAUUCACGCCGAUCGAGAACCGCGUCUGAUUGUCAUGGACUCUUGGAAGAUCGAGCGCUCCUAUGGACGCUCCAGCAAUACGUUGAAAACAACUGUGUAUGAAAUGGUGCUGAUGGAUGGAUCUGAGACACUUAUCAAAGCCGUCACCAACAGUGGCCUGUCACUCCUGUUGAAGAAUACCGGUGUCAUAACUGGGUCAACUCUCAUUAUCAAAGACUUUGUAGUGCUCCACCACUCCACGGGAAAUGACUGUACGUUCAAGAAGUGUCUCCUUUUGAAGAACUUCUCCUGGAAGCUACCUCCCGAUCUACCAAUCAAGGAACCAGUUGGAGCCGGAAUUCAGCCCAUCGCUCGCAGACUCACAUAUGCCCGCCAGACCAAUGUUGUUGAUACUGAAGAGAAGACCCCACACUCCAUUUGUUAUGAUUUGACUGCCAUAAGCAACUGCCGUCGGAGUGGAGAGAUUGUCUUUACGCAGCCUGUUUUCUUGGAUGAGAGUAAUGUGCCAAGUCAAGACAAGUUAGUCAACGUUGGGCACGGGUAUCAAGAAUUCGCGUCUGGAGAAUGGAUCUUACAUAUGCCUACAAGAGGUGAAUGGAUUGAUUUUGUCAUGAUGGAAUGUCUUCCCAGCAAUCGGAAGUUGAAGAUCACUGUGAAUGCAUGA